CGCCUCGCGACGGCUCUUCUGCCCCCGGGGCGCCAUCCUGCCCUCAGGGCAGGUACAGGCCGCCGCAAGGGCCCCCAUCCAGAUGAUCAUGUUUGGCCUAUUACCCGAUUAGUUGAUUCGUUAGCUGCUUAUUAGAGAGAGUUCAUCUGAAAUCUUCUUGCCCCUGUCCAAUGAUGAAGUUUUUGCAGCUUUUUGGGCGAUUGAAAUCUGUCGUCAUUGGGAUGGUCCAUGUGAAAGCACUGCCAGGAACACCAGGGAGUAUGUUGCCAUUGACUCAGAUCACUGAAGAAGCCUGCCAGGAAGCUGAAAUCUAUAGGGCUGCAGGAAUUGAUGGCUUGAUUGUGGAAAAUAUGCACGAUCGGCCAUACACUUUCGACGUUGGUGCAGAAAUUACUGCGGCCAUGACUGUCAUUUGUGCCACUGUGAAAAAGACGUGUCCUCUGCUCCCUGUGGGUGUUCAGAUUUUAUGUGCUGCAAAUCAACAGGCUGCAGCAGUUGCUCUUGCUGCAGGUCUUGACUUUAUUCGAGCAGAAGGCUUUGUUUUUUCUCAUGUGGCGGAUGAAGGGAUUCUAAAUGCCUGUGCUGGCAGCUUACUGAGAUACCGGAAGCAAAUUGGUGCAGAACACAUUCAGGUUUUUGCUGACAUUAAAAAGAAACACAGUGCUCACUCUCUGACAGCUGACGUCAGUGUAGCGGAGACUGCUAAGGCUGCUGAAUUCUUUCUGGCUGAUGGUGUUGUAUUGACUGGAACUGCAACUGGACUGGAAGCGGAUCCCAAGGAACUAGAAGAAGUUGGACAUGCUGUGAAGAUUCCAGUGCUGGUUGGAUCUGGAGUCACUUUGGAGAACGUGAAGAACUAUCUGGGUGCAAAUGCCUUAAUCAUUGGUUCCUAUUUUAAGAAAGGAGGAUAUUGGGCAAAUAACAUUGAUCCAGAUCGUGUCAAGAGGUUCAUGGAUCAUACCGGUAAACUGCGAGAGGGAAAUUGUUAGCAUCUGCUGCAAGCAUACAGAAUCCUUGUGCUGCUCAAGUUGUAUCCUAUAGUGCAACCUUACCAAAUGCCUUACCGUAGUAUUAUCCAAAUGUUUGAUACUUGGGGUGACACUUUUUUCCUGGAUAAAACGUUAGAGGCACA